AUGAUGGGAUUUAAAAGGAAGGAUCAAAAACAUGGAGGUUAUGUAGCUCCUAAAAAACGUCGUACCCUUAACCAGAAAAUAGUUCGUGGUGCUGUUCCGAUUGAUGGUGAAAAUCCUACUCUUGAAGAGGCAAAUGAGUUUUAUGACUAUAUGAAUAAAUUGAAAGAAGAUGGAGCAACUUCAGAUGAUAUGUGUAUUAAACAAAUAAUAAAUACUCUUAAAAGUCAUGAAGCUGUUGUUUUGGAACAUGGACAUACAUGUAAAUUAGUUGAAGAACUUUUUAAAUCACGAAAAGACGCACAACAAUUAUUUCUUCAAAAUUUGUUUGAGAACAAUAAUGAAGAUGCUGUUACAAAAGUUUUUUUUGAAAAAUCUGCUUCCUAUACUUUAGAAUCAUGGUUAAGAACUUUUGCCACACCUAUUCCUGAAGGGUAUGUUGAUAUUAUUGAUAAAUUUGUUCAAUAUUUGAAUUCUGCAACUCAAAAGGUUAUCUACAAUCCAGCUGCUUCAAAUUUACUCAGAUGUAUUCUUGAACUUAUUGCUAUUACAAGUAAAUUAAGAAAAGAAAAGUCUAAAAAAGUCAAAAUAACAUUAGAAGGAAAAAAAAAGUAUGAUAAGCUUGAAGAAACUCAUAAAAAGAUUGUAGAUUCAUUUUUGUUUGGUGAAUUUGCUUUUGAAUUAAAAGAUUUUGCUGAACAUUCAUACUUAAUUCAAGAUGUUUUGAAGAGUUGUCGUUUUUCAUACUAUGAUAGUAUAAAAAAUUACUUCAUACAUAUUUGGAGUAAUAAUUCUGAAAAUGCCAUAAUUAGUUCAUUAAAAAAUCAAAAUUCCUCUCCUGUAUGGGAGUGUUUUAUUGAAUUUUUAAAAGAUUCGGAUGUUGAUUUAGUUAAAACACUUCUUAAGAUGAAUAUUAUUGAUUUAUCACUUCAUAACAUAGCUAAUUUUUUUGUUGGAAAGUUUUUACUUUUUCAUAAAUCAAUUUCAAGCGACCUUUUUGAAUCAAUUCUACCAAAUAUGGAUCAAUUUAUAAAAGGAAAUUACCAUAAUAUUUUGGAUGCUAUUUUAUCUCAAGCUGAAUCUAAUAGUUCAUUUAAAGAUUCUUUGUUUAAAUGGUUUAAAGAAAAAUAUGGUAAACCUUCGAAAGGAAUAUUUUAUGCUAAAUUCUUAUCUGGUGGUUCAGAAGAUGAUUACGAAAUUUCAUCUGAUGAUAAGUUAUCAUUCAACAUUCAAAAACUUACUCCAAUAAAAAUAAAAUGUAUGAAGACUUUUUUCAAACUCCAACCUAGUGGAAGUUCACAAUUUUUUGAAAAUUUGUCAGAUAAAUGUUUAAUGGAAUUAGUAGGAAAUAGACAAGGAACUGCCUUAUUAGAAUGUUUUAUUGGACAGUUUGUUGAAGCUGACAUUGGAGCUGAUUGGUUAAUAGAAAAAUUAGGUGAAAAUCUAGAGCAAUUACUGUUAGGGAAGUCUUCUGUAUUUGUUUUUCUUGCUUUGUGGAAAACAAAUCUUUCAUUAGGAAAAAGAGAAGAAAUUCUUAAAAAGAUUGUUGAAUGUAAACAAAAAUCGUCAGCUCAACACAAAUACUCUAGAUUAAUGAAUGACAUCAAUUAUCAAAUGUAUUUAGAAAAUAAAAAAGCUUGGAGUAGAAAAUAUACACCUAAAUAA